UUUUGAGAAAAUGAGGGACCAUUUGCAUUACACCUUUAUUACUUUUCUUGUUGGACCUGUUAAAGAAAUUUUAGUAAACUCCCAAUGAGACUGAUAACACCUUCCCUCUUCUCUCUCCUCUCCAUUAUCUUCCCAUUUCAAGAUAUAUAUAUAGUAGAUAGAUGCUACUUCCAAACACGCAUUUAUUUACAGGAGCUAGAGAGAGAGAGAGGAUAUUGAAAGCUUUUGUGAACAAUGCCUUGCAACUCCAUGAAAACCCACGUCCCCAAAGCCCUUCUUCUCCGCAUUUUCUCUGUCUUGCUAUUCCUUUGUUUUCGAGAGGGAGAGAGCAGGCGUGUGAAAGCCAUGUUUGUGUUUGGGAGCUCUAUUGUGGAUAAUGGAAACAACAACUUCAUAAGAAACUCGACUGCAAGGGCUGAUUACUUCCCUUAUGGCAUAGACUUUCCUGGUGGAGCUUCAGGAAGGUUCUCUAAUGGCUUGAACGCAGCUGAUGUUUUAGGGCAGCUUGUAAAGAUUCCAAGGCUUCUUCCUGCUUUUGCUGAUCCUCGAAGCAAAGGAAAUGUGACUCUUAGAGGCGUUAAUUAUGCAUCCGGUGGCUCUGGUAUUUUGGAUGAGACUGGUUCUAUUGCUGGUGGGGUAACUCCGCUGAAUCAACAAAUCAAAAACUUCGAGACAGUGACGUUGCCUCAAUUGGAGUCACGAUUUGGAAGUGCGAAGCUGCGCCACGUCCUCCGAAAAUCGAUAUUCGUUAUUGGAAGUGGGGGCAACGAUUAUUUGCUCAAUUAUCUCCAGCAACCCCCUUCACAACGACAAAACUUGUCAAAUUUCACCAAUCUUGUCAUCCAACGGCUCUCAGAGCAACUCAAGAAAUUACACGGCCUUGGGGCAAGAAAAUUUGUGCUAAUUUCCAUCCAGCCCUUGGGCUGCGCCCCUGUGGUGAUCAGCUUAGCCGGUUCGAAAAGCUGCGUGGAGGGACCAAAUCAAGUAGCCCUCCUAUUCAAUAACCGGUUGAGGUCCCUUGUAGACCAAUUGAGACCGGCAAUGUCCGGUUCCAACCUCGUUUAUGUGAACGCCUAUGGCAUAAUAAGGGACAUAAUCGACAACCCAAUUCCUGGAGGAUUCAAAGUUACAGGGGAGCCUUGCUGUGCAUUGUCUAUGGAAACUAGGGGUUUUUUGUGUGAGAAGGGGAUCAAGCCAUGCAUCGCGAGGAACACCUACGUAUAUUUUGACGGGCUGCACCAGACACAAGCGGUUAAUAUGCGAAUUGCGCUCAGGGCUUACACUUCUUCUUCUAGAGAUGACGUUUAUCCUAUCAAUGUUCAACAACUCUCUCGCCUCUGAUGUACAACAUUGAACCUAUAGUUGUUGGGAUCGAGAGCGAGAGAUAUGAUAAGAUGGUACAUAUGAAACUUAGAGAGCUUAACUGUAACAUCUUAUUAUAAUGCUGGUUAUAUGCACGUUAUAGUUAGAGAAGCUCCUAUGGGGUUUGUGUUUGGAAGCCCGUGUUAAUGCAUGAAGAGCGUUUAGCUCUUUGUGUAUGUCUAUUACAGUUAAAACACAAGAGUUUCUAUAAGAGAGUUUGUGUUUUGGUAGUGCAGAUAAAAUUAAAUGCGAGAAAGUCAAGAUAAAUAAAAUGUUAAAUUAAUCA